AUGGCGUCCUUCUUCUCUGUCAAUCUAAGCUACCAGGGCAAGACAAUCCCAUUGGAGAAUCUCACAACAGCCACCACAGGGGCGGAAUUUCACGGGUUGGUCUACGACGCCUUGCAGCUGUCUCCCACCGACUCGACGCUCAAAGUAUUGCUCAAGGGCAAACGCAUCGAACCGGACAGUACAACGGCAGUCUUUGCCAAGGUGCCAUCCAACAAGCCACCCAAGAUUCUCGUCAUGGCAUCGGCCAAAACUUCCGUCGAGGAAUUGAAUGCCAAGAAACAAGAUCCCACCAUUCGUGGCUUUGACACUCCCAAAACUGCCUCCGCUAGUAGCACAAGCUACUGGGGACCACACGGCAUCCAACCCGACAAGAAUUACAAAUUUGGACGGUUGCAAGAAUGUCCCUUUCACGAAUUUGGACAUCGACCUACCGAUACGACGCCCCAUGCAUUUGCCGCACGACAAUUGUUGCAACGAUUGUCGACAGAUCCCGGCGUAAUUGCUAUUUUACAAGAACGACAACUAGUCGUGGGAACAUUGGGAGAAAUGGAUCCCAUUGACGAUCGAUUAAUGCAAAAAAAGCAGCAACAACACAGUGGCGCCUGUUUGCUGGGAUACAAUACCAAUCGAGGAUUGCGCAUCGACAUUAAACUGCGGACGGACGAUUUGACUGGAUUUCGGCCGUAUUUUCAAUUGGUAUCGACAUUGAUUCAUGAAUUGUCGCACAAUUGGGUGGGAGAACACAACACUCUGUUUUGGGCCAAUUAUGGACAAAUGCGAUUGGAGUAUUUCAUGGCACACAAACGACAACAGCAUGCCUUGUGGAACGGACAAAACAGUGCCAUGUUGGCCGAACUGCCGUCGGCACUGAUGCAAAGUCAGGACAAGGCCAUUUUGGCCUUUGUGCAACAAGAGUUGGUGCAAGAAAUGGCACAGCAUCACUUGCAUCCCAACAUGAUUGAGGCACCAUUGCGACAACGAUAUGACGAACUUCAAGCCACUAUGCCGGCAGGGCAACGAUUGGGUGGUUCCGGAACAGCGACAGCAGCAGGAGACAAGAGAAACAUGGCACUGGAAGCCGCCGAACGAAGAGCUCGAGAGCAGCAACGACAAAAGGAAGAAAAUGAAAAGAAAGGGAGGUGA